CCGGCGGUGUCAGCCGCAGUUUUGCGCGUCUGUUUUAGUCCCAGCGGACGCAGUUUACUCUGACGAACACUGACUGAGAGACGACCUGCACCGCGACACGGAGAAAAGAGAAGGUUUUUUUUUCCAAAGAGGUAGAAAACACCAAGCCAAAUAGGAUUUUCAAGGCCAAUCUGCUCUGUAUCCAAGAGGAUUUUUAACCCAGAACACCUGAGCGGCUCAUGGACACUAACAAUCUCAUAAAAGGACGCUAUUUCCAAGAAUCUCCUGGAUUUUAAUUGCCGGUAUACAUUAAAAAAAUAGCGCACCAGAGAGCCCCUAGAGAGAGAGAAAGAGAGAGAGAGAGAGAGAUGGAUGUGGCGGCUGAUCAGCCCCGCUGGAUGCAUCCCCACGCAGCCAUGCUGAACGGACAACACCCGGAUUCUCACCACCCCGGCCUGGGCCACAGCUACAUGGAGCCUACCUCACAGCUGCUCCCUCCAGACGAGGUGGACGUUUUCUUUAAUCACCUGGACUCACAGGGAAACCCAUAUUACCCAAACACAGCCAGGGCCAGGGUGUCCUACAGCCAAGCGCACGCUCGCCUGACGGGGACUCAGGUCUGCCGGCCUCAUCUCAUCCACAGCCCGGGGAUCUCAUGGCUGGACGGAGGGAAGGCAGCCUUGUCGGCCCACCACCACAACGCCUGGGCCGUGAGCCCCUUCAGCAAGCCCAGCCUGCACCACCCGGGCUCCGCUUCCCCCGGCGCCCUCUCCGCCGUCUACCCGUGCAGCAGCAGCUCAAACGCGGCCACCGCGUCGUCUUUGACGCCGCCGUCCCAAAGCAGCUCCCACCUGUACACCUUCCCUCCCACACCCCCCAAAGACGUAUCCCCGGACCCGGGGGCCGCGUCCCCUUCCUCCGCCAGCGCCGCCAGGAUGGACGAGAAGGAAUCUAUCAAAUACCAGUUGUCUUUUCCGGACAGCAUGAAGAUGGAGGACUCCAGUCCGCUGAGAAGCAGCCUGGCCUCGAUGAGCGGACAGACCCCCUCCGCGCACCACCCCAUACCGACCUACGCCCCCUACUCUCUGCCAGCGGCCCACGACUACGGCGGCAGCUUGUUCCACCCGGGCAGCCUGCUGGGCUCAUCACCCGGCUACACCCACAAGAGCAAAAGCAAGGCGCGGUCCUGCACCGAGGGUCGUGAGUGCGUAAACUGUGGAGCCACCUCCACGCCCCUGUGGAGACGGGACAGCACCGGGCACUACCUGUGCAACGCCUGCGGCCUGUACCACAAGAUGAACGGCCAGAACAGACCGCUCAUCAAACCCAAACGCCGGCUGUCGGCGGCCAGACGGGCAGGCACCUGUUGUGCUAACUGUCAGACGACCACCACCACACUAUGGCGGCGCAAUGCAAACGGAGACCCAGUGUGCAACGCCUGUGGCCUCUACUACAAGCUGCAUAACGUGAACCGGCCUCUCACCAUGAAAAAGGAGGGAAUACAGACUCGGAAUCGGAAAAUGUCCAACAAGUCCAAAAAGAACAAGCGGGCCAGCGACAGCUAUGAGGAGUUUUCCAAAAGUCUGCAUGACAAGAGCUCCUCCUUCAGCGCCGCCUCUCUGGCCGGUCACAUGACCAUGGGCCACUUGCCGCCUUUCAGCCACACAGGACACAUGCUCCCCACGCCCACCCCCAUACACCCGUCAUUUGGACAUCCACACCACUCUAACAUGGUCACAGCAAUGGGCUGAGAGGCUGAAGAGAGAGGGCUCUGCAGAGCUUUUCACAUCCUGAAAUGGUUGCUUAUUAGGGGAUAAGGGUCUGAGUAAAAGACAGGGUGUAAACACCUGCUGGCAUGCAACGCAUGCGCCUUUAACUCUUUUGGGUUUUGAUUGAUUUUACCAGUCACAGGUUGUGAGGAAGAAGUUCCCUUUUCUCCUUUAUUGACAGGUACUAAUUUUGCUGGAAAAACAUUAGGCAUUCUUUUUAUGCCAGGCACAUGAAAAAAAAUUAUUUGCACCGUACAGUUUGGCUGCCACUGACUGCCUGAAUACAUGUUUGGACAUGUGCUGCGCAGGCUUGUAGUUACUGUGAAUAUUGUAAAUGUGUGAGACUGGACAGUGCAUCCCAGACAAAAAAAAAUCCAAUCACCACUUAAAAUAUGCUGGCUUUUUGGCUCAUGGACACCUUUAAAAGCAGUUUUCCACAAGAGGAGAAAAAAAUAAAGGUUUAUGAACUUUAAUUGUAACACUGUUUAUUAUUAUAAAUAUUGUUAUUGUAAUUAAUAUUGUUAUUCAGAUAAUUUAUUUUCACUAUUGUUUCUUUUUUUGUCUAUAUUAUCGGAUUUAUAAUAUGGAUACUGUUAUCGCAGUUAUGAGUAUAUUUUUAGCCGAGGCGCUUUGUCUGAACUGGUCAACCUUUAUACAAAUAAAGAGAUUAAGUUCACUAAA